UGCCAGCCAGACGGGCGUACAUGGGUGUGCAGUGAAGAGGCAGGCAGCGCACUGUACUGAGGAUGGAGCAGGCCGCCAGCACACAGACCCCGCAGCAGCACGAGCCCAUCAGCUUUGGGAUUGACCAAAUCCUAAACAAUUCUGACCAGGAGAACUCCUCGCAGUCCGCCUCCAGAGCCUCGGAGAACACCAGCUACCUGGGCAGCCCAGUCAGUCGCUCAAGUGCCCCUUAUUCCUCCCUGCCAGCCUCUUUCCCUGGCAUCGGAGCAGCAUUUGAAGAAUCAGGAUCUUACAGCGUCAAUCUAAGCCUGGCUCCAGCUGGAGUGAUCAGGGUGCCAGCUCAUAGACCUAUCCCUGGUGCGAUCCCACCUCCCAUAUCCAGCGCCAUUCCAGCCAUGCCAGCUGUGCCCGGCCUUGGCAGCCUUAACUUCCCCUGGAUGGAAAGCAGCAGACGGUUCGUUAAAGAAAGAUUUUCAGCAGCCGCCGCCGCUCUCACUCCCUUCACGGUGACUCGCAGGAUCGGCCAUCCGUACCAGAACCGGACACCUCCCAAACGCAAGAAACCGCGCACGUCUUUCUCCCGGGUGCAGAUCUGCGAGCUGGAGAAGCGCUUUCACCGCCAGAAGUACCUGGCCUCCGCGGAGCGGGCUGCCCUGGCCAAGUCUCUGAAGAUGACGGACGCCCAAGUGAAGACCUGGUUCCAGAACCGCAGGACUAAGUGGAGGAGACAGACCGCCGAGGAGAGGGAGGCGGAGAGGCAGCAGGCGAACAGGCUGAUGCUCCAGCUGCAGCACGACGCCUUCCAGAAGUCGCUGAGUGACUCCAUCCAGCCCGACCCCCUGUGUUUGCACAACUCUUCCUUAUAUGCACUUCAGAACCUGCAGCCCUGGGAGGAGGACGCCGGGAAGAUGGCGCCGGUCACCUCCUUGGUGUGAGGACGCACGGACUAGGCUUUCUGGAUUGCCCAUGGACAGCGAUCACCUCAGAGACUGAUUGAGCCGGGCCAAGGAAUGAGGAAGGGACAGCCUUGACGUUGUCCCGCAAUGGCCACCCGUGGAUCGCUGAUGAGCUGAGGGAAUUACAGUGUGUGUAUAUAUAUAUACAUGUAUAUAUGUAUACACACAGAAGGGAGCAGGUGCCACUAUGCUGCCACCCAGCUUCGUAUAGAAAACGUUAUCAUUUCUCAUUGCAUUCCUACCGUCCACGCAAUUGAGAUCGGGCAGCCAUAGUGAUGCAGUGGAUAAAGAGGUUCUGCGGCGGAUCACACCCGAAGAACCCAGGGGAGCCCCCUCCAUUGCACAGGUACUGGAAGACGGUUCAUGAAUGGGACAGCCACAGACAACAUGUAAAUACUCUACACUAUUUUUAAUUUAUUCAUGCAGUAUUAUGACAUUAAAUAUAAAUUCUAUAUAAAUAUAUUCUUAAAUAUUUCUGUUGCAUUGGUUGUAAGUAUUUGGCCGAAAGAAAAGGAAUGCAAAUAAAGAUUCCUGGAGGUUCUGACCGCGCUGUCUACAGGUACAGGUUUUCUUUGUCACAAAAACUUUUUAUAAAUAUAUUUAUUUUGAUAGAUUGUCAAGAUAAUCUGUCUAAAAAAAACUUCUGCUUAAGUUGCUAAAUAAGAUGUUUAAUGUCUAUAAAAUAUCUUCUGCAACCACAUGUUAUAUGAAAGAACAUUUAGCCACUUACUAAGUAAGCGCCUUAA